CGGGAGUCUGAAUUAAAAUUAAACCGUGGUGAUUUGUAUUAAUUUUGUUUAUCUCAUAGUGUUGUAUUUCUGAUAUUUAUCAGAAAGACAAAUUUUAACAUUUUCACGAAAAGCUUUUUCUUUUAAAAUAGUAGAUAAUCCCUCAGUGACGCGAGAAAUCGCUGAGAGGUUAUUCUUAAUUUUUGAUAUUUCAUAAAAGUUUUUGAUAAAAAUGGCUGAAAAUGAACCGGCUGUCAAUCCUAAAGCCUACCCAUUGGCUGACGCUGCCCUCACCGCCAAGAUCUUGAAUUUAGUCCAACAGGCGGCUAACUACAAGCAGCUGCGUAAGGGUGCGAACGAGGCGACGAAAACUUUGAACCGCGGGUUAUCAGAGUUCGUCAUAAUGGCGGCGGACGCUGAACCUCUGGAAAUUGUUCUACACAUUCCUAUACUCUGUGAAGACAAGAAUGUGCCAUAUGUGUUUGUUAGAUCCAAACAAGCAUUGGGCCGAGCUUGUGGUGUCUCCCGUCCCAUUGUGGCAUGCUCCAUUACAAUAAAUGAGGGCUCUCAGUUAAAGCCACAAAUUCAGGGUAUUCAACAAGAAAUAGAAAGACUCUUAGUGUAAGUGUGACCAUGUGUGCGUUUAAAAAUCAUAUUUUUUGAAUACAUAAGUAUAUUAAGAUUUAUUUACUUUUAUUUUGUUUUACCUAGC